UAGCUGUGAAGCGACGGUGUAAACACAGCUUCAUUUACUAGUAGUAGUAGUAGUAGUAGUAGUACCUCUGAACAAAAAUCCUGGGGUGAGACCAAUUGGUGUGUGUGAGACAGUUAGAAGAAUUAUUGGAAAGGCGGUUCUUUCUGUGGUCAAGUCUGACGUGCUCUCGGCAACCGGAACCUUGCAGCUUUGUGCAGGACAGAUUGCUGGGUGUGAGGCUGCAAUACAUGCCAUGCAGUCAUUGUUUGAAGAUGACAAUACGGAAGCCAUACUACUUGUAGAUGCAACAAAUGCCUUUAAUAGCUUGAACCGUCAAUUGGCUCUAAAGAACAUCUCAAGCACUUGUCCAGCAAUUCAUACCGUAUUGCUCAACACAUAUCAACAGCCUUCACCCCUAUUCGUUGGUGGGGAAGUCUUGUUGUCGCGUGAGGGAACCACACAGGGAGAUCCUCUCGCGAUGGCAAUGUACGCCUUGGCCACAGUACCUCUGCUGAAAAAAGUACAAACAGAAGGCAGCACCCAAGUCUGGUAUGCCGAUGAUGCUGCAGCCGGAGGAAAGAUACAAGCAGUCAAACAAUGGUGGGAGAAACUCUCCAUACAUGGAGAAAAAUUUGGAUACUUUCCAAAUGCCAAGAAAUCCUGGUUGAUCGUCAAACCGAAUUGCCUUGAAGAAGCCAAACGUGUGUUCUCAAAAACGGCUGUGAACAUCACCUCUGAAGGUCGAAAGUAUUUAGGAGCUGCACUGGGAACUGAAAACUUCUGUAACGGCUAUCUCAGUGAUGCAAUCUUAGACUGGACACGUCAGAUUGACAAAUUGGCUUCCAUUGCCCAAAGUCAGCCACAAGCAGCUCAUUCCGCAUUAAGUCACGGUCUUCUGGGCAGGUGGAUUUUUACUGCGAGAACAAAUCAGAAUUUCAAAACUUUUGCUGGGCUUUUAGAAUCAUCAAUACAAUCUCAACUGAUUCCUACUAUAACUGGUCGUUCGGCCCCUGGAGAACUGGAAAGAAAACUCUUCUCCUUACCAGCCAGACUUGGUGGUCUGGGAAUCACAGAUCCAACUUCAUUGUCUUCUGAAUACUUAAACUCUCGAAAGAUGACUGCACCGCUUGUUGACUUCAUUUUGAAUCAGGAGAUCACUCUAGGAGAUGCCCCAGAUCAACAGGAUUCUCUCAAAAAGCAAAUUCGCAAGCACAAAGGGCUAGAAAUCAAAACUCUUGCUGAUAAUGUUCGAGAUAACCUCUCACACCAACAUAAAAGAAUGUUCGAGUUAGCAAAUGAAAAGGGGGCAUCAAACUGGCUCACAGUGCUGCCAUUGGAGGAUCACGGCUUCUCAUUACAUAAGUCUGCAUUCAGAGAUGCUCUAUGCCUCAGAUAUGGAUGGGUCCCCCCUCAUAUGAGUGAAUCUUGCCCUUGCGGUGGAAAAAUGUCAGUGGAGCAUGCUAUGUCCUGCCCCACGGGAGGCUUUCCAACUAUACGCCAUAAUGAAAUCCGAGAUAUGUUUUCUCAUCUGUUGUCUGAUGUCUGUCAUGAUGUGGAAACGGAGCCCACGUUGCAAUCACUAAGUGGAGAGACGUUCUCUUUACGUUCAAGCAGUCGAGAUGAUGAUGCAAGAUUAGACAUUUCGGCAAGAGGUUUUUGGGGAGGAAGAUUUGAGAAGACAUAUUUUGAUGUCCGGGUGUUUAACCCCAAUGCCACCUCGUACACAUGUUUUGAAGUUGCAUCAUGCUAUAGAAGACAGGAACAAGAGAAGAAAAGGAAAUAUGAAGAAAGACUGAGAAAAGUAGAAAAUGCUUCCUUUACACCUAUUAUCCUUUCUUGCACUGGUGGCAUGAGCAAGCUUACAACGUCAUUUACCAAAAAGCUGGCCUCAAUGAUAUCUGAGAAAAAGGACACUCCAUACGGUAGCGUGAUCAACUGGCUAAGAUGUCGACUCGGGUUCGCACUCCUAAGAGCUUCCAUAAUGUGCAUCAGGGGCAGCAGGUGCAAACGCUACGUCAGGCCGGAAAACAAUAUUCUCCUGGCUACGUCUGAGGGGCACCUGGCCUCCUCAGCUUAGUGACUUUACUGUACAUGACAUAGUAGUAGUAAAAGUUGUACUAUUGUAUAUGACAGUAAUUGUUUAGUAGUAGUAAUAGUUUAUUGCCAUUCGCUGUAGGUUGCCGUUUGUGUAUACGUAGUCUGCUAUUGUUUCAAAUACACCAUAUCUUCUCAG